AAAUUCAUAAAAAUAUGUUAAAGAUAAAACCUCUUCCGAGACACUUACCUGUCCCAUCUCACAGUUCAAUCCUUCUUCCUUCCUCUCUGAAUCAUGAACAAGACAACAAUUCUAUCUCAGCACAGAAAUCCAAAAUAAAAUUAACCAAAAAUAAAUUCAACAAAAUAAUAAUAAUAUACCAAAACCAAAAGAAAGACCAAGGGAAGCAAAAAGAAACAUGUUGGUGAUUGAAUCGAGUGGUUCGAACGUGGAUCUUCCCGAGGAGUUGGUGCAAGUUCUACCAUCUGAUCCUUACGAGCAACUCGAUGUGGCCCGCAAGAUAACCUCCAUUGCUCUUUCGACACGUGUUAACGCGCUCCAAUCAGAGUCGUCUGCUCUACGCGCCGAGCUCGCCGACAAAAACAGGCUCAUCGCGGAGCUCCAGUCUCAGGUGGAGUCCAUCGACGCGGCUCUAUCCGAAGCCGCCGAUAAGCUCGCCCGAGCUGACCAAGACAAGGAGAGCUUACUGAAGGAGAAGGCUUCGCUUUCGAACACAGUGAGAAAGCUGAGCAGAGAUGUGUCCAAGUUGGAGGUUUUCAGAAGGACGCUUAUGCAAUCACUUCAAGAGGAUGAAGAUAAUUCUCCGAACAUUACUGCAAAGUUGCAAAGGGAAGCAAGUAUCACUUCCACAUCGACGCUUGGAGAUGAAGAAGCUUCACUGCCCCCUUCUAGAUCUUCUUCAAUGCGGAUCAAUAUUUCUGAUACGGGAAAUUAUUUUGCUGAGGAUCCUGCAAGAUUUCGAGCAUCACAUAAUUUGCUCUUAGCAUCUCAAAGUAGCACCCCUCGCAUUACUCCCCCUGGUUCCCCUCCUAGUUUUUCUGCAUCAGGAUCACCAACAAGAACAUCUAAGCCUGUGUCUCCGAGGCGCCAUUCCAUUUCCUUUUCAAACUUCAGAGGAAUGCAUGAUGAUAGGCAUGGCUCAAUGUCAAGCUCAGACACAGGGUCACAAACUGGACGAACACGGGUUGAUGGAAAAGAGUUCUUUCGCCAAGUCAGGAGUCGUUUGUCUUAUGAGCAGUUUGGUGCAUUUUUAGCAAAUGUUAAAGAACUCAAUUCUCAUAAACAAACCAAAGAGGAGACACUACAGAAAGCUAAUGAGAUCUUUGGGCCUGAAAACAAGGACCUCUAUGCAAUAUUCGAGGGAUUGAUUACUCGCAAUGUCCAUUAACAUUGCCUUGCGGAAAUUUUUAUUACUGAGGUUUUGUUCCAUAGUUUGUAACAACUCAUAUGUACUUUAGUAUUACUGCGUGAUUAAGUAUUCUUUGAAUCUUUAAGCCUGUAAAUUUGAAUUGAGGAAUGACUUUUCUUGACAAGAUGACACGGUGAUCU